CCGCCCCGCGGCUGGCCGCGCCAGGGUUCCCCCGGCGCCCGCCCCCGUGCGCCCUGCGCCUCCAGCCUUCCCUCCUCGCCUUCCAGCCUGCCAGGCCUUUUGCGAACAUGGCGCUUGUCCCGUGCCAGGUGCUGCGGGUGGCGAUCCUGCUGUCCUACUGCUCUAUCCUGUGCAACUACAAGGCCAUCGAAAUGCCCUCGCAUCAAACCUACGGCGGGAGCUGGAAAUUCCUGACGUUCAUUGAUCUGGUCAUCCAGGCUGUCUUUUUUGGCAUUUGCGUGCUGACUGAUCUUUCCAGUCUCCUGACUAGAGGAAGUGGGAACCAAGAACAAGAAAGGCAGCUCAAGAAGCUCAUCUCUCUCCGGGACUGGAUGUUAGCCGUCCUGGCCUUUCCUGUUGGGGUUUUCGUGGUAGCGGUGUUCUGGAUCAUUUAUGCCUAUGACAGAGAGAUGAUUUACCCGAAGUUGCUUGAUAAUUUUAUCCCAGGGUGGCUGAAUCACGGAAUGCACACAACAGUUUUGCCCUUUAUAUUAAUCGAGAUGAGGACAUCACACCAUGCGUAUCCCAGCAGGAGCAGCGGACUCGCCGCCAUAUGUACCUUCUCUGUUGGCUAUAUAUUAUGGGAUAAGGAAUAUCAGAGGAGGACCAGGUUUGAGGGAGAAGAGCAUGACUUUGGCUGUACAUAUAUGGAUUUUGAGGGUAUGUUGGGUGCAUCAUGUAACUGGGAUGUGGGUGUACCCUUUCCUGGAACACAUUGGCCCAGGAGCCAGAAUUGUCUUCUUUGGGUCUACAACCAUCUUAAUGAACUUUUUGUACCUGCUGGGAGAAGUUCUGAACAGCUAUAUCUGGGAUACACAAAGAAGUAUGGAAGAAGAGAAAGAGAAGCCUAAAUUGGAAUGAGAUCUAAGUCUAAAUGAAAGAGAUGGAUUGAAUCGCCAUUGAAGACUGGUUACCCCCUGGGCAUUGGCAGUGCAGGAAAGGAAGCCUCCAAGAAAGCAGUGGAAUUCAUCUCAGCCUUCCUGCCUCCCCCACCCCGGGGGGGGGGGCACCUUUAUAAAGAAACAUAUAUAAGAAUAGAAUACAGUUAUAUCCCAAAUAACUUGCCCUAUUAUGUUUUAAAGAAUUGUUUCCAAAUUCAUUAUUGAUAAUAACAUCUUUUUUUUUCCCCUCUUCUAGUUUUUAAAACUAAAAUUAGGCAUUGGAUUUUAAUUUCUGCUAUUGUAAUUCCAUUUACUUGAGGAAGAAUAAAACUCUAUUGUGUUUUUUGUUAAGAAAUAUGUGAAAUUCAAAGGGGCAGAUGUGGAGAAAAGCAUUUGAGUACUGAGUCCUGCAGGUGGCUGGGGAAAUGAACCCAGGCCACAGGGCAAGUCUGAGGGAAAUGGGAUGGAUUGCUCCCUAUUGCAAUGAUGUCACAGUUGCCUCAAACAGGCAAUGUUAGUAAUAAUUACAUCAAUUUAGUCAAAACCCUGAGUGUAUUUGGAUCUCGUGAUUUAAUCUUGUGAAACUUUUCUUAUAUGCAAACUGAAACUUUAAUAAAGACCAAACAACCCCA